ACAUGGCUCUAACAAUGGAGAAGAAAAGUGAUCUUGACUUUAUUAUGAAGAGCUUGCUGGCUGGAGGUGUUGCCGGCAUGUGUGCCAAGACAACCGUUGCACCCCUAGACCGCAUCAAGAUCCUGCUGCAAGCCCAGUCAAUACACUACAAGCACCACGGAGUCGUUGGCGGGCUCAUGGCCAUAGUCAAGCGGGAGUCGCUAGUAGCACUGUACAAGGGGAAUGGAGCCCAAAUGGUCCGAAUAUUCCCGUAUGCUGCUACACAGUUUACAAGCUUCGAGAUUUAUAAAAAGUAUCUAAGCGGCCUAAGCAUCCCAAUGGUCCAGCACGGCGACAAGUUCUUGGCGGGCGCCGGCGCCGGCGUCACGGCCGUCACGCUCACCUACCCCCUCGACACGAUACGUGCGCGCCUCGCGUUCCAAGUGACGGGCGAACAUCGCUACACGGGCAUCGCGCACACCGCCUCCACUAUGCUCCGCACGGAGGGCGGUAUCCGCGCGCUAUACCGCGGCUUCGUGCCUACGCUCUGCGGGAUGGUCCCUUACGCCGGGUUCAGCUUCUACUGCUUCGAGUCCCUGAAGUUCUUCUGCAUGAAGUAUCUACCCACGUCGCUGUGUCGCAAGUGCGAGAGGAACACUGGCGGCCUAGUACUAACGGUACCGGGCAAGCUGCUCUGCGGCGGUCUGGCCGGCGCGGUCGCUCAGAGCGUGUCCUACCCGCUCGACGUGACGCGGCGACGCAUGCAGCUGGCCUGCAUGGACCCCGCCACCACGCAUUUCGGCACCGGCAUGAUCCGAACGCUGACGCUCAUCUACCGCGAGAACGGCAUCGCGAAGGGGCUCUACCGCGGGAUGAGCAUCAACUACAUCCGCGCCAUACCCAUGGUCGCCACCUCCUUCUCAACAUACGAGCUCAUGAAGCAGCUGCUCCAACUCGACACUGGCAUGAAGGUCGCGUAAGGGCACCAUCGCCCACACUGUGUGUGCAUU